UGUACCAUUUUAGUUCACUUAUUCGAUGUUAGAUUAUUGUUCACCAAUUCAAUAUUGAAUAUACCAUCCCGUGUAAAAAUUAUGAAAGCGUCAUCCAAAACGAAAUUUAAACUCCUUGAUUCAGACAAAAAAGAUUUACUUGAGUUUUCGGGAAGAAACCAGGAGGACCUAAAAACUACAGAUGAAACAAGUCCUUUUCUGAAUUAUGACUAUUUUACAACGACCGAAAUCAUUUCGACUUUCGGAUUCGGAAAAGAUCAAAUUGUGGCUCUUAUGAUUUUAAGCUUGGCAUUUUUCAGCGAGUUCAGCAUUGCCCAGUUAAUGCCCAUUUUAGCUACAGAUCUAAUUGCAGAAUUCGAUCUUAACCCUUCCAUUGAGCCCCAAAUUCUCUCUGCUACAUUUGCCGGAUUCGCACUAAGUUACCCUUUAUGGGGUUUGGUGGCCGAUUUGUAUGGACGGAAGAAGGCCAUAAUUAUGUCUGGGUUAUGGUCACUUGUUUGGAGUGCAGCUUCGAGUGUAGCGCCGAAUGUGUUUUGGUUAAUCAUCUUCAGACUUCUAUUCUCUUUAGCGGGAGGCGUGACUAACAUAGUAAUGACAUAUUAUUACGAGUAUCUGCCCCCCAAGUACCACUGGAUGGGUCCGAUUUCCGGAAACCAAGUCGGAGGGUUUGUGUUUGCAUCUGCAUUCCCUGUUCUCGCUGGACUAUUAUUACUGCACUACGCUGAUCUGUCCUGGAGAAUUUUUGUAGCUGUAACUGCAAGUCCGCUUGUCCUUUUCUGCUUAGCUGCAAUCGUCUAUCUGCUCGAGUCGCCUCGUUUUCUAUUGGUUAACGGAAGGUCCAGUGAAGCUUAUGAUGUUUUAGAGAAAAUGGCACGUCGAAACAAACGCGAACUGCCUGGAAAAUUUGCUCUCAAAGUCGAAGAUGAAGUAGGCCGAUCAAAAGAACAGGCAAAAGGCGCGAAUAUUUUGAAAAUGUCACUGGCUGCUCUCAAAAACUGGAAAAUAUUGAGAACUUUUGUUUGCAUUAUGAUGAUUGGUACUACAACUAGAUUCGUGACUUAUGGAAUGAGUUUUAUCAAAAAUGAUUUCGUUUUCAGGACGGGAAAAGAGUCUAGCUACUGCGACGAAGCUCAUGGAAGAAUCGAACUUCUCAAAGUUUCCGACUAUGAGACUUUGAUGUUGACAAUAAUCGGAGAGCUUGUUGCAUGUGCGGUUCUCAUUCCGGUUCUUAAAGUGAACUUCAGCCUAAAGAUUUCGGCAAUUGUGUCUUUCGGCUUAAGUUCACUACUGACCUGUAUUUUAUACUCGUGUCCCAGCUUACACAUUGCACUUGCACUGAUGACGAUUAUCCGAAUACUGAGCCAGGUGGUGAAUCUUAACAUGUGGAUGCGACUGUCGGGUCUAUUGCCCACGGAAGUUCGCUGCUCCUUAUUUGGACUGUGCACUUUCUUCAUGUAUUUCACCCUUCCUGCAAUGCCAUUUCUCACUCAAGAUCUGGCCAAGUUGUCCCCUCAUUACACCACAAGUGUAUGUGUGCUGUACAUUUUAGUCGGUUUCAUCGGUGCUUUACUUUUACCAAUCAAAAUGCACGCAAACUGAAACUCAAUAAAUGCCCCAUUUAUAUUCCGAAAUUUUAUAGUUAAUGAAUA